CGAGGUGGCGGGGAGGACUCCGAGGGCAGACGUCCCGACGCUACCCUGACGGAGAGACACACGCCGAGACGUCCGUGCUCGCGUGCUCCGACAACGGGAGUCCUUCGAUCUCCACCCGGUUAAGGUCUUCACUGGAAAGGUGGAGGGCCCCACUUCAGAAUCCAAGGCGUGGGGAAACGGGCCGCAGGUCGAACCUGGGCCCGACACUGGCUCAAGCCUGAGCGGACUACUCGCAGGGCUCCCGGCCCUCGCGGCUCCCCAACGCCUCGCCAGCUCCCUCCGGCAGAAGUUCGCCAACUCUGGUAUCCCCCGGCCUGGCCUGAUGCGCGCCACCCCAAUCGCAACGACCUCUUCGCCAUCCGAGACGCUCGAGGUCAUCGAGCCUAGCGAGUAUUAACCUGGACCUGGUGUACCUGGUGGUAGACCUUCUAGAUCUCGGUGGGUCACAGUGAAGGCGCAAACAUGAGCUCCAUACGUAUACCCAUCAUCAACAUGGAGUUCGGGGAGCUCAAGGAGCUCGUCUGGACGAAACUCCAGGAGCCGAAGGCUCAACGGAAACUGGUCCUGGUGAUCGUCUCCAUUGCUCUGCUCCUUGACAACAUGCUCUACAUGGUGAUCGUACCCAUUAUACCGGAUUACCUAAAAAUCGUCGGUGCAUUCGGUGACGAGCCCGAUGCUGGAAACACGACAGGAACGCCUUCGCACCACGGUCAGGAUUCCGCGACGGGGAUCCUCUUUGCCUCGAAGGCUAUAGUCCAGCUGAUGGUCAAUCCCUUCUCCGGGGCGCUCAUCGACAGGAUCGGCUACGAGAUCCCGAUGAUGAUCGGACUGUGCAUCCUCUUCCUGUCGACUGCAGUCUUCGCAUGCGGCAGGAGCUACGGGGUCCUGUUCUUCGCCAGGAGCCUCCAAGGCGUGGGAUCAGCCUUUGCGAACACUGCUGGUCUCGCCAUGAUAGCCGAUCGCUUCACCGAGGACGCCGAAAGGUCCCAGGCUCUUGGAAUAGCGCUGGCUUUCAUCAGCUUUGGAUGCCUGGUGGCUCCACCGUUCGGCGGCGCCCUCUACCAAUUUGCCGGCAAGGAGAUGCCGUUCCUCAUCCUGGCCCUGGUCAGCCUGGCCGACGGGUUCAUGCUUCUCCUGGUGAUGAAGCCUUUCAAGGAACAGCUCCAGGACAGGCACAGGGAGCAAACGCCCACCAUUCCAAUUUGGAAGCUCCUGAUCGACCCCUACAUAGCCGUCUGCGCCGGUGCCCUGAUGAUGGCCAACGUCGCCCUGGCUUUUCUAGAACCCACCAUCUCCCUCUGGAUGGAGGAUAAGAACAUAACCCACGAUAACUGGAAGAUGGGCAUGAUAUGGCUACCAGCCUUCUUCCCCCACGUAUUCGGUGUGGUGAUAACCGUCAAGAUAGCCAAACAGUAUCCACAGUAUCAGUGGUUCGUAGCUGCCGUGGGAUUGGCCCUCGAAGGUCUCUGCUGCUUCAUGAUCCCGUUCUCGAGCUCCUACGAAUUCCUCAUGAUACCGAUUUGCGGAAUAUGCUUCGGCAUGGCCCUCAUCGACACGGCCCUGCUGCCGACGCUCGGCUACCUGGUGGACGUCAGGUACGUUUCCGUCUACGGGAGCAUCUACGCCAUCGCGGACAUCUCCUACAGCGUGGCCUACGCGGUUGGUCCGAUCAUAGCCGGAGGCGUCGUGGAGGCGAUUGGCUUCACGGCUCUGAAUGUCGGCAUCGCAAUUUCAAAUCUGCUCUACGCCCCGGCCCUCUACUACCUCAGGCACAUCUACGACUUCAAGCCUUUCCAGGACGAAGCCAACGUCCUCAUGCAAGAUCCACCGGACAAGGAGUACCAGACCUACGUCCUUCAGGAGCACCGACCCAUAUCCGGAGACGUUGGCAAUCAUCUCACUCAAGGUCGAAUGGAAACGAACCUGGACCAGGCGCAAGAUCAGCAAGAUUAUCAGCAGUCACGGCAGACCUAUGACCAGGACUACCCCCAGAGUGCAAAUACUUACGAGCAACCGGCUGCCUACGAUCAAUCCAGUUAUUCCCAGCAGAGGAGUUACGUCCAGGAGCCACGGGAUCCUCGAGAACCUCGGGAACCACGUGGCGCCUCGGUUGACGUUAAUCCCUUCAGGAGAGGAACGGACGUCGAACGGCCAGCCGGGGACAGCAACCCCUUCAGGCAAGGGAUGUAUUAGUGUCCUGGUCCAUCCGUACCGAAUCCUCAGUACAAUGGGCAGGUAUCCAACGAACGACAGAGCCACGUGCUGCGAAGCCUAUUGCGCCGCUGGCUGCUUUACAAAUAAAUUCGAAACGUGUCGUCAGUGGGUCAGUGUCGAUGGGACGAACAAUGUCAGCCAUUCAGAUCUUCGCUCUCGCUAUUAACCAGGUACAAAGGGGUGGUCCAGUUGCGGCGUCUCCUGGUGCGAAACUCUUGGGAAACUGCGAGCCAGAAGAUGCUCGCGGUGGGAGCGGAGAGACGAAGGAGGCAGGAGAGUCCAAUCAAGAUCCAGGAAUCCUAUGGAUUAUACAUAUAACUCCCAAAGAGAACCCGACGAAGACUCGGGUACAUUGAGAUUAUUCGUAACACGUAGUAUAUAAUAUACGCAUAUACGUGUAUAGAUAAAAAAAAAGAAUCCCCGAGCGUUGGCUUCCAGUCAGCAAGGGACUCUCGCUCGCGGACCUAGCACGAGCAAUUCCUUUUGUUAUUUCGCCAUUUUGUUGACAAAAUAUUUAUUGCUGAACCAAGAUAACAUAUCAGGGUCUCCGGAUCACGGAGCCCGAAACUUUAGAGCGUAAGAUGUUACUUUUAGGUUAUACGGUAGGAAAUGUGAGAAUCAGCGAGAGAGCGUGCGUGUGUGAGAGAGAGAGAGAGAAUGCGAAGCGCAGAUGUUACAAAAGACAUAGGAAAGAGACGACGAAUGUUCGUCUCGUUUAUCGAGAAAUUCCAAUACUUUGCCCCGAAUCGUUCGAACGUCAGACUCACACGGAGGACCCAUCUCCACCCAUCUCCACGUUACCUUAGGCACUCACAACAUAUCUGUAUUUUUAUGGGCAUCGUUUUUCCUAAAUAGAAAGACUUCGUUAUGUCAGAAUUAUCGGGAGAACUUGACUUCGCCUGCGAUUCCUAUAGGGAGUCCUAGGGAACACCUAGCGUCCAUCCAAACUCCUCUAUAUCCUGUAAAUCUCUAAUCUUAUGUCCUCAAUGACGAACGACACUGUGCACGCGUGACAAAAAGGAAAAGAGAUAACGAAUGUUAAUGAGAUAAUUAAGGAUCCGUUUAGAGUCUCCUGAGAAAUCAUAUCUCUGGAUAGGUUAGGCUAAGACUCGGAACUUAGGAAUUCUAUCGAUAGGCUGGGAAUAUCGGGAAUGUGGGAAUAUUGAAAUAAUUAAUGAUUAUAGGAUCGCGAUCAAUAGCUAUCGAUUAUUGAUAACUUUGAGUUUUACAGUGCCUGAAUCGAACGUGUUUUUAAUCUAUCCCCCCUCCCCCAACCCCCUUCGCCCUCCAUCCCUCCCCCCUCCUCCCAAUUUCGUAGAUCCUACAUCGUUGACCUUUGACUCGCCUGGCGAUGACACACGUGUAACGUAUAAAAUGAUAAAGAGAGAGAGAGAGAGAGAGAGGGAGAGAGAAAAGGUGGGGGGAAACAGGGAUAGGAGAAAAAAGGACGGCAGAUUCGUGGAUCGUCUAGAUUGCUCGAAUAUCCUUUGAGAAACAAGGAGGAAGUUCCCUCGUCGUCGUUCCCUCUAUUCGAGCUGGCCUCCACGAAAUGACAAAUUCCACUCGUAAUUAUUAACUAUCGAUGGAUAUGUUGACGUCUCAAUGUAGAUAUUAAAAUACCUAUUAAAAGUGACGCUGCGUAAUAGUAACCGAUCAACGCGACGCACGUAAAGCUACUUUUUGAAUUAUUGGAUUGCGGAUUAUAUUAAAUUGUAUCGAUCGGUAGUCGUAGGCUGUCCGUAGCUUCUCUCGUCUCUUGUAAAUACGAAGAUUACUUCUUGUCUAAAGGAAAGAAAAAAAAAAAAAGGAAAAAAAAAAAAGAAAAAAUAGAAAAAAAAAAAGAAUAUUUCUUAAUCCACUUAACGAGCAACCCCAGCGCAUAUCAUGACCAUUAUCAUCCCCGAUGCCUAAUCUUUCUGUGAUUGUCCUUUGAAAGUUUGCAAAUUGCCUACUGUAUUUUGGGUGUUAUAUAUAUACAUACGUAUGCACGCGCAUGUGUAUAUACGCGCGUCGUAAACCCCUCGGAAUUCAAAAUGACAUAAUCGUCACUCGAUCGUUAAUAAAUGGAAGACUUUAAUUAAGGAGAUGAGGUUAGGUAGGAUAAUUAGGGCUUGCUUAAGAUGAUGCGUUUUAUCGAGUGUUGUAAGAGCCAGCCAGUAGAAAUAAUAGUGAGUUAUCAUUGUUCCUUUGGAGCGUCGUUUUAAUCGCAAAUGAAAGUCAUCGAUGAAAGUAUCUAGAAAUCCAAGACAUAUCGUACCGUGCUAUACGUUGCUAUCUAUUAAAGUCCUAUAUGAAAUUUCGUAAGCGCUGUCUCGCGUACAUAAUGAAAAACAAGAAAAAAAUCACACAUAAACACGUACUGUAUACCUAUACCAGAUACAUUAUGUACUUAUACACUGUAUACAUUAUAUGGCGACUACGCUUUCCCGAGAAGCACUUUAUUUGCUGGAAAGAAAAAAAGAAAAAAAGAAAAUACGAAAUACCUUGUACACAGGACAGAGAGACACGUACAGAGGCAUGUAGCAAUACACAUGUAUGUAUGUAUAUUAAAAAGAAAUAUGAAAGUGCGUAUAUAAUUGAAACCUAUAUGACAUUGUAACGUUGUUGAACCGGUUAUUAAAAACGUCAUUGUUACCGAAUAA